GCGCUAAGGAAUUACAUAGCCGUGAACACAAGGAAGGAUAAGCAGAGGGAAUGAAUAUCCACAUCAAUUAGACCGUGGACCCCGCCAAACACAACGGAGUGUUUGCUGUUAAAUUGCAUUUCUCUUUCAUUUUCUCUAAGGACAUGCUUUUUUUAAUUGCAAUAUCAAUCAAUUUUUAAGAAGAAACCGUACAGUAAGCAGUAACUGAUUACAGUAAAUCGGUUACUUUUUUGCAGUUUAUAAUUGAUCUGAUUCCCGUGUGUCAUCGAAGGAUCGACAUUGCACGUUGAAAUAUUCCGGUUUAUUUUUAUUUUUUAGAAGGAAACACAAGAAAACAAAACUAAUAAGAGAUAUAAAGGAUUUAAAACUAGAGGUUAAAUCAAGUUGUUUUUUUUAAGGGAAAUAAAAACAGAUUUGUGAGCAGGGUGUGUUUCUGUAUUCUUAUUUAAAUUUGACUGGACGUGUUCUGAAUCAUCUUUUUUACAGCGGACUAGUGGGAGCUUCAUGUAGGACGUGACGAUGUGCCCAUUGCUUUCCCACCACGAGUUUAUUGAAUGGAGAUAUAGGAAAAACUGACUUGCACAGCAAAUUCACGUAGUUGUAUUUAAGUGUAUCGUGUCUGCAGCGGUUAACCUCACAGCUGCAGUUGGUGGAUUUCAAGCGAUUCCGUCACAUUUCCUCGGAUGAGAAACUCGCAAUGAGAAUUUUUACGAACAUCAUCCAGUUGAUAGCUGCUCUCCUUAUUCAAUUUUCACCUGCUCAGACGACUUCUGGAGCAAACGGUACUUCUGAAGUGAUGCUCUUCGGGGAGGUGUGGGGUCGGAGUUUCUGCCGCACCAUUGAGAAGCUGGUGGAGGUGGUGCAGGAGUACCCUGCUGAAGUGGAGCACAUCUUCAGCCCUGCCUGCGUGCCGCUGUGGCGCUGUGCCGGGUGCUGCGGGGACGAGAACUUGGAGUGCGUGCCCACAGAUACCUACAACGUUACCAUGCAACUCUUGAAAAUCAAGCCAGCUGAGCGACGGGAGUAUGUUGAAAUGACAUUUAUUGAGCAUCAGAGAUGUGAAUGUAGACCCAGAAAGGACACCUUUAAAAAUGAAAGGAGAAAAUCGAAGAAGGGGAGGAGAAGAAAAGAAAAACAGAAAACAAAAGACUGCGACACGUGUCAACCUCCUCGCAGGUAACUGAAGUGCCACCAGGGGGACACAAAGCAUCUUUUCUCCAGUAUUUAUUUUCCAGUCAGAGUAAUGAUGUUGGUAAUCUUCUCAGCACUUUUAAGAAAUGGUGCAUUCCUCGUUGAGUGCUGAGCUGCAGGAACGCUAUAGCGGAUGAAGGACUGAAUAACUUUUCACAAGCAGAUACGUUUAAGAAGUUCUGCCCCCCUCCGCUGCAACGGACACCCAUUGACUUGCCCGGGAAGAUGUGCUACACAUCGCGAGAGACCAAGCUCGGAAGUUAUAAAAAGUAUAUUUGAGAUGACUGAAAACGUUCUCUUUCUAAACAAAAUAUUUAUUGCUAAUAUUUAGAUUCCAGUAAUGUAAAAUCGAUAUGAUAAGCAGUAGGCAAGGAGCCUAUGCACAGACAUUUUCAUUCUUCAGACUGAACAUUAAUUGGGAGCCUUUCUGCUUCUUUCUACUCACCUUGAUCAAUUCUCCUCCAGUUCUUUCCAAGCACGUUUUCAAAUCCCCAACCCUUGUGAAAACUGCAAAAGUCUAUUCUUUUUUAUGUUUUGUAAUAUAUAAAAAAAACACACCUAGAUAGAGAAUUUAUGAUUUUGUGCAUUCUUUUUUUUAAUGAAAAGACGCAGUAUCAUUUUACUUAUUUUCAUUUGAAAGGCUUUACAAACAUGUAAACCUGUACUUACCAGGAACUUGGUUGUUAAAAAAAUAAAAACUGAAAACAUGUGCAUUCUGUCAUCAGGCCACUGGGUUAAAAGUGAAUGCAAUAACAUGCCCCUCAGCUGUUGCUGGAUACUUACUGUACACUUAGAUCUUAAUGUUCCAGGUAUAAUUCUUGCAUGGGAUUUAUAUACAUCGAUUGGUGUUUCUCUGUCAUUUCCCAUCAAAUUGAUAAACCAGCUGCAAAGCUGUACUGUAGAGAAGUGCAAAUCUCGUUCAUGAGUGAGUAGGAUCAACAAAUAAGACAACAGACUGUAUUGCUAAGCAGAGAUGGUAAUAAGACUCCUAUUGCAUAGCAGCUUCACCCAUUCAAGGUUUUAAUACAAACUUGAUUAGCCACGGUGUAUAGGUAACAAGCUCAGGUGCGUCUUAUUAAACAGAUAGUAAAACCAGGAAUGGAUCAAACUGCUAUGCAAUGGGAGUCUCAUUUCCAUCCCUGCUAAGGGUUACUUUAUGCCAAAACUUUACAGUAGCAGUAACCCAAAUCAACUUUAAAAAAACAGAAUAACAAGAACAAGGAGAUGAACUAUUCUACAAUGAUUGAUAGAGUGAAUAGCUUGUAUUAACUAAGCUUUAUCAAGACGACAAACUCCCUCUUAAAAUUACAAAGGGGUGGCGCCAUCUAGUGGUACUUAUGUACCACUGAGGCUGGGGACAGGCAAUCAGCCAGUCUCUGUCAAAAAAAACAGACCAGUUGUUGUUUUUUUUAUUUUACAUAUAAAACACCGUAUUCAGGUAAGGGUUGAGGAGCAGCGGCUGGUCUUAGCUGGAUGUUUCUAGGUAGCUAUACAUUUUCAAUCUAGGUAGUUCUGGAAUGGAUCCCGUGUGUCAAAUGAAAAGCAAUCCAAUAAGAUGCAUCUGUAUUUAUGAAGUUUUUUUUUUUUUUAAUUAAAUCUUCUACUUCCUGUAAACAAAACUAUAAAUGAAUGUUGUUGUUUUUGGCUACAGGCAAACCCAGAAUAUUUUCAAUAUUUUUACUUCAUGGAGGUAACACUUGUAUUUUUUAACAAACACUUGAUAUGAUUUUUUGUCCAGCACGAUGCAGGAUGAUGACACAAUGUUGAUGCUUGGUAUCCAUGACAACCUUGUCAAGACUUGGAUUGCAUGUCUACGGUGUUUGUUUGUUUUGUUUUAUGUACUGCAUUUUAAUUUGCAGAUGUUGGAUUGGACAGAUUUCCAUUUUUAACAAGUAAAAAAAUAGAUUCCUGGUCUGUAAGGGGUCCAGUCUUACCAUGUGUAGUCUGUCUCCAAAGCUGCAUGACUCAUCUACCAGCAGCAUUCAUUCACUUCUGCUGCUUGACCAUAGAGAAUCCCAGCAUUGCUAACAUUGGCAGGGUUUGCAUAGCGAGGGAGAAUUUCUCAUGCAGGCAUAGCAAUUAUAAAACUGAUUUUACAUCAGCUGCAGCUUAGACAAGUUCUCCCUUGAAACGAUGGGACAGAAAUCGAAGGGAAGAGCUCACUGAAGAUUAUUGUGCGGUUGUGAAUUCGGUUGUGAAACCAGCCUAACGUUGCCAGAAAUGUUAUUAUGCAAAGGAAGUAUUGAAAGGCAUCUUCACUCUGAAGUCAUGAAAUAUUGAUGCUAAAAUGUAAAAUCAUGCCAAUGAAUUACACUAAAUGUAUUUUUUAACUAUUGUAACUUGUUAAACAUAUAUUAAUUAGUCACACCUAGAACUUUAUAAUUUAUAUUUUAAAUUUUAGGUUUUUUUUAUUGAAGAAAAAGCAGUGAGUGUGUGGACCAAAAAAGGCAGUGGACCACACUUUAUACAACUAAAACACUAAAACAAUGUGCUUGAAACUGCAGUGAGAUGCACAUUAACUUAAUGUGCGGUAAAGGGACAGGAAAUCAUUACACAUUGUAAACAUCUUUGUACAAUUGUUUUUUUUUUUUGUUUUUUUUGUUUUUUUUGACAAAUUGCACAGGAGAUUGAAAUGGUUUUGCAGGAACUAUUUACAAGCAGGUAAACUUGUGACAUUCUGACCUAUGGAAGAAUAACUAUUGUAAAUAAUUGACUACCUGGAAAGUCUGUGUCUAUAAUGUAUAUUGUAUAUAAAUGCAUUACUGUUAAUAAAAAUACAAUAUAUUUAA